GUCCUCAUACGAGGGUGCCGUGAUCUUCGUGGAACCUCCAGCAGCUCGCGGAGCUACGCCCGGAGCAUGUACGUAGUCGACGGAGGAAGGACACCGUCUACAUACCCCGUUCCCCUGUUUUGCCUAUACCCCGUAUAUCGAGCGCGCUGGUAGUGGUGAAUACGGUGAUGGUGGUGGCAGCGGUGGCGGCGACGACGACGAAGACGACGACGGUGGUGUAGUGCGGCGACGAUGAGAAUCUUUCGCGCCACCUGGUAUAAUCGUAAAUCGGCGCACAAAGUGAAACGUCGUCCUCAUCGUCCUCACCGUCAAGGGAAAGCGUGAAAACUGCGAGAAUCGGGAGCACCGUUUAGAGAAACGACUUUCUCGCCUGUGGAUUGUACACUUGAACGUCCACCGUGUUGAUACGUCAUCCUCGGUCUCUCUCGUCCUCUUCUCCUCCUCCUCCUUCUCCUCUUCCUCCUCCUCCUCUUUCUCAUCAUUUUGCUCUCCGUCAUGUAACAUGGAUCGCGCGCGAUAUCGUCGGCGGUACCUGUAGGAGGUGGACGUGCCACUGCUUCAUGUUAUAACCUCAACGAAAGGGGAAGCACUUGGUGGUGUCUCUGCUGGAUCUGUCGGCUUCAGCUGCGCCUCGCGAUGUGAUUUUGCGACUGAAUCAAGGGAAAUCCUCUCUUACUGUCUCGAGGAUGAGGAACGGCUUCACGGAUAUACCGGUCGCGAGUGCCGACAGCAGCACCGACGCCAUAUGGCUCGAGAAAAGCAGUCCAUCGCGGAUGGCACCUGAGCGAAUGUCACUCAGUUUCGAUAAAGUAGUUGUCAAACAAGAACGUCCAGAUGAAGCGGAGAUCCGUGAAUUGGCUGAAAUGGUGGAAGCGAACAAGACGAAAAUGUUAAACAUGCCGGCGGUGCAACAACAACAAAGGCCGCAAUGCCUGGUACCGCAGCAGCCUAAUCUUCCCAGUAUUCUUGGAUAUCUGAACAAACGGCCGACCGAUGGAGCCUGUCCGAAACCGUCGCCGGUUAUGGAGAUUAAAGCACCAGCGCCCGACGACGACAGUCAGAGAGGACGAUUCGGCUGGACAAGCUUCGACGAGUGUCACAUACCUUAUAUAUUUCGGUCCGGCGAAAAGUAUUGCGCCGUACGCAUCCUAGAAUCUAAGCUUCUCAACAAGUACCUGAGUUAUCUUCACGCGGACAUCUACAGCUGCACGUGUAUAAGGAGUUAUUAUAUCACGGAGGCUGAAAGCAAAUUAUUCAAUGAUAUUAACACUAAGCACUGUGAGAAUCAAUUCGGGAGGGACACGUUCACGUGCAAGGAUUUAGUGGUUCGUCUCUCGGACGCCAAGGAGUUUUAUACGUUUCUCGAUGUGUGUUACACGAAAUUGACAGCGGGUAGCAAUCCGAAUGUAACGAGCGGACGCAAGGCGGAUAAAUGCGGUUUCAUACGAAUAAACAAAGAGUCUGUGGUACCUUACACUGUAAAGGACGGUCUGCAGUACGUGCCGUUAUUUUAUUUCGAGGGCGAGACGGAGAACCUUAAGCUGAAGGCGGAAAAGCUCGAGGGCUGGGAUCUAUCGUACUUGAAGUUCUGUUGCAAGGUACAGGGUAUACGUAACGAAUUGUUCGCCAGUGAAACGUGUUCGGUGAUCAGUUUGAGUGAUAUUAAGAGUUACUUUCCACCGGGUACCGGCUUCGAGGACUAUUGGCCGACCAAGGUGAUGGACUCGCAGUUAUUGGUCAACAGCAAUGGCAACGGUAGCGGCGGUGGAUGGACGAAACAGCCACCCACACCGCCUGCGACCAAGCCUGCAUCUGUGCAAAGUGCAAAUAAAAUUGUACCGCCUUUAAACACGCGUGCCACACCGAUGCCUAAUAUAAUGCCACGGGGUACUGUCGUGAGUACGGCGCCGCAGAUGGCACGACUAGGCCAGUCCAGGCCUGUAGUGACGACACAUCCUGCCCAUUCUUCUCCAUCGGGAAUUCCCGCCGGUAGAUCGAACAUAGUAUCGCAACCUAUGUUGAAUAACGUGCAAGUUAACGGCUGGUCGGGCCUCGUCGGCGGUCAACCUACCUAUCAACCGGCGCUCAGUUCUCAAGCUAGUUCCCUCAUACGUACUCUGAAUAUGCAGAAUCAAAUGUCAGCUGCCUCUAAAAGCUAUCCUCAACAAUCGAGAAGUAGAACAGGCAGCAGCGGGACAACGACUCAAUAUCCUGUAUAUCCGACUACAACUAUGCAAGCUCCAGUUGCUCAAGCCCAACCACCACCACCUCUCGUACGAGCAACUGUUCACUCCAAUCAACCAAAUCUUGGUUAUCCCACCUAUGGGAAGGAUGACUGGGUGACCACUACAUAUGCAACACCUACAUUAGGUGUAUCUAAUGCAGUCACAAGUACAUAUCCACAGAUGCUUGGCUUGAGCGAACAAGUCCAAGCUUUGAUGCCAGUACCUACAUCAGCAUCGACUUUAUUACAUCAAUCAAGACAUACACCAUCUGUACAUAACACAUCUCAUAUGAAGUAUCCACCUCCCCUAAUACCAGUCAACGGUAGCAGCGGUAGCAGUAGCAGUUCCAGGGAUACUCGAGGGAGAAAACCAUUAAUACCGAUAUCAGAAACACAUAUGUCAACUUGCCAUGUACAACCUUACCAAAUACAGAAAGCAUUGGUUGAAGAAAAAAUGGUACCCUGCAUCAACUUCAAACCUUACAUCUACAGUGAAUUGUUAAUAACACUUCCUGACUUUAUUAAAAACUUUUUUCCUACCUGCAACAUUGAAAAUUGUAGACAAGUCCUGACAGAUGUUCUACAUAUAGACUUAUAUCAAGGAAAUAGUCUACAAAUGGAGAUGUUAAUGAAAGCAGGCAAAUGUUCUUCGCUAACUGAAGAACUACCUUUAAUCCAAGUUAGAAGUGUAAUGAAAUACAUGCCACAAUUCAAAUAUAUGUUUAAUAGAGGAGAUAUGGUUAUGCCUUCCCCGGCUCAUUCGUCUGAAGAGCACCCUGCCAAAAAGCGCCAACGUACCAGCUAGGAUUGGCUACAGCCUUACUGGCCUACUUACGAUUACUACCAUUCGGCGUUUUAAAUAAGCCGAUAAAUAAUAAUGCGUCGAUUUGCGUGCGUAACAUCGUUGUGAGACGCACGCGAGAUAUUUAACUAAUCAUAUCUCGUGUGUGAUACGCAACAAAGUACACACGACCGACGAUAUAUACAAGUUUAUGUACAGUGACACCACAGAGCUAUUUCUUUCUCCAAAGUGUAUUUACCGAAAAGAAUAUGACUGUAAAUAAAACUGAAACAUGUAAAUUUAGAAGAUUAUAAUUGACGAUUAAAAUCUGCUUUUUUUUAUUUUAUUUCAUUUUAUUCAACACCUGCUAUAAUGGGAGAAAUUACUACAUUGCUGCAGGAUAAAAGAGUUAAGAGAGAAAGAGCAUUCUUAUUUUCAAAUUAUCUCCCAUCAUUCCAUAUACAUAUACACAAAUAUGUAUACAUAUAAAUACACAUGCAUAUAAAUGUGCGCGUGCAAUAUAUGAUAUACACAUUAUUUUAUUUCUACCUCUUUGAAACACUGAAAAAAAUAAUCUUUUAGACUCUUCAUUUUUCAUAGUGUUCUUGUUACAUGUCAAUAUUUUGUGUUUACUUAUAUAUAAAAGUUCUGUGUUUAAAAAUAGAAAUUCGGAGAAAGAAAAUGCUGUUAAGAUGGACAUGACUAUGGAGUUAUUCAAAAUGAAUAACCUAUUUUGCAUAUUAAAUGUAUAUCAAUAAAAAGCGAAAAAUGGAAGUAAUGCUUCUUCAAGUUCCUAGCUAUUACUAGUACGUAUUCCGAUAACUAGCUGCAAGCUAAUUUAAAAAUGUUAAUCCAUUCGUUCAUUGUGAGUUUUUAUACCAUUUUCAUAAAAUUUUGUUUAAUAAAAAAGUGUUACGGUAUAUAAUAUCGAACAAUUCUUUUCGUUUCAAUUGUUUAACAAAUACACUGUAUACAGGAGAGUGUGAUGUAUCAAAUGAAAUGAUAAAGCGAAACAACAAAUGCCUACUUAAUGUGAAAAGAUUGCAGUAAGCAAUAUCUCGUGAACUUAUGAAAGAUAACUAAUGUAUAAAAACUGACAUGUUCACAAAAUUAAAGUUCAAAAGUAAAAUUGACAAAUUUUUUGUUUCUACUAUUUUAAUAUUUAUAUUUAAAAUAUAGUGUCUCUCCCUCUAUCAAAAUAUUGCUGCUGCAUCUUUACAUUCAUAUUGUAAACUUUUGCUUUAAGACAAUUUAAUACGGCGAGUUGUUUGAAAUUUGUUACCCAGUUAUACUUACAUUUUUGUACCUAUACUCAACAUUUGUUAAAGAUAAAUAUCCCAUGAUGGGGGUUAGCGUGAAAUUUGUCACAUGUGAUUAAAAUAUAGAAAUAUAAAAAAAAAUAUAUAUAUAUAUAAAUUUUGCGAGAGAUAGAAAGAGAAACAAUAUUUAUUCACGUCAAAUGUAUCACGUGCAUCGAAAAUGUAAUGACGAAUCUUAUCCGAUCAAGAUUUUAGACAAUAUGGCAUAUUGAGUAAAGACCGAUGCAAUUGCACUCUCAAAGUUAAUUCCAGAUUCAGUUGUGACCGCUUCACGCUUAACCCAUUUCACAUAUACGUUUAUUUAUGCAUUUGAAAAUGUCCAGAUAAUGUAUAUAGAAGGCUAUUAAAAACGUAUGUAGAGCGUAAUUGUGAAGGGAAAUGCAAUUGACAUUCAAGCGAUGAAAAGAUCUAUUAAAUAACACAUUUUCAAAAACACAUUGAAAUAGUCUUCCAUCUUGAUCGAUAUAAUGCGUUACGAAUCGAAUUUUGUUUAAUUUAAAUUAUUUUAUAACAUUUUCAAUGCACACAUUAUUAAAUGAGUCUUCGAUAAUUGUCGGUUUAUUUUCACUUAUAAUGAUAGAAUGCAGGAUUCAAUAGUGCCCUAUGUUUCGGGACAACGUGUAUAAGAUGCUAUUUUAUCUCUUCUCGAUGUGGGACAGAGAUUUAAAUAGUUAUUAUCGACUGGCUAUAUAUACUUUCAUCACUCACUAACUUUAGCAUUAAGAAAGCUCUAAAAAAGAUGUACAUGGCAAAAACACAAGUGUAUAUAAAGAGAUAAUUAUAACGACUGAUUCACGUCGAACGUGAAUCUUCUACACAAAGCAGAAAUUGUUCGUAUAAUCCUCUCGUAAUAUAAAUAUAUUUCAUUAUUUGUAAUAUUUUUGUUGCAUUAUAAUUUUUGAAAGAUCUUAUUAUUGCUAUUGAGAUUCAUUCUGGAUCUCCCAGUAUCGUCUAUCGUUAUAAGCUAUUCGAAAGAUUGUAGAAGAAAAAUUUAAAUGAUGACAAAAACGCAAUUCAGUUAUUAUUUAAAUAAAAAACAUUUCAGCGAUAAAAUAUCUCAUUUAAUUUUGUUACAUAACUUUAUAUUUAGUUUGGUAUUAUUUGAUAUUAUAUGUACAUACAACACGAGAUUUAUAAUUAUCAAAAAUACCACAUAUAUAGAUUUUUAUAUCUUUUACCUCAUUUUUUUACAGAUGUGAGUAAAUUUGAUGCGAUUAUCAAACAAUACUAUGUUUUGCAGAAGGAGAUUAGGACUGCAUGUACAUAUUUAGCAAAGAAUAGUACAUGUUGAUUUUAUACAUCGUAAUUAAUUCUUUAGUGCAGCAAGAAAUGUUUGUAGAGUUUCUUGAAUUAUUUUAACAAGAACACACGUACCAAUUUUAUUUUAUUUUACAUAACUAUGUUGUAUGCAUUGCAUAUUCUUUCUUAAAAGAUAAAAAGGAAAAAAUCACAAGAGAUGAAUCCAUGUCCCCGCGUUUAGAAUAAUAUAAUUAUUUUUAAUAUAUUAGAUUAGCAUCUUUCUUUGUUAACAUCUGUUAAAAUAAUAUGUAUUAUACUUUAUUACGCUAUCGUUUGUACAUAUAGAACAUAAGAGAAAUAGAGCUAUACUAGAUAUUUCAAAUAAAUUCAUGAUACAAUCAAA